AUGGCGGCUCUGAGCAUCGUCGUGGGUGUGCAGGAGUACAUACAGGCCAUGGUGGACCGGAUCCCGGGCAUGAAGGUGUUGCUCUUGGACGAGGAGACCCUAGGCAUUAUCAGCAUGGUCUACUCGCAGAGUGACAUCCUUCAGCACGAGGUCUUUCUGACGGAGCGCUUGGAUGCGGAAACGUUCGCCUCCCAAGAGAAGAUGCGGCACAUGAACGCCGUGUGCUUCCUCAGGCCGGAGAACAAGAACUUUCUGAAGCUCUCGCAAGAGCUGAAGAACCCCAAGUACAACGAGUACCACCUCUUCUUCACCAACUCGGUGCCCCACGUCCGUCUGGAAGCCCUGGCGGCCUGCGACGAGCACGAGCUGGUGAAGCAGGUGCAAGAAUUCUUUGCGGAUGUCUACGCUAUCAACCACGACCUUUUCUCCUUGAAUCUGGAGUCUACGGUGCGACUUACAGAGGACCAGUCGAGAUGGACCUCUUUCCAUGAGAAGCUCUUCGAUCGAAUCAUCGAGGGGCUUCUGGCGACCUGUUUCACUCUCCGGAUGCUGCCUGCGAUCCGCUACACUGGGUCGUGCGAUCUUACACGAAAGCUUGCGCAUCAGCUUCAGACGCGGAUCCACGAAGAGCAGAGCCUCUUUGAUGGCAUCAUGAAGGCCCAGAAGGGCGAGCCUACGCCCGUCCUGCUGCUGUUCGAUCGCAGGAACGAUCCUGUGACUCCCUUGCUGCAGCAGUGGACCUACCAGGCAAUGGUCCAUGAGAUCCUGAAGCUGAGCAACAACCUGGUGGAGCUGAAGAAGGGGACAGCAGCGCCGGGGGGGCAGCAAGAGGUGGAGAAGAUCGUCAUGUCGCCACUGCAGGACCAAUUCUUUACAGACAAUCUGUAUUCCAACUUUGGCGACCUGGGCGUGAACAUCCGGAAGUAUGUCGAGAAGUACCAGAACGAGACAAAGAACACUGCCAAAAUUGAGUCCAUCGAGGAGAUGCAGCGCUUCGUGGAUGAGUACCCUGAGUUCCGGCGGAUGUCAGGCAAUGUGUCCAAGCAUGUGAACGUGGUUAGCGAGCUGUCCAAUCAGAUUGAGGCACACGCUCUUCUGGAGGCCUCGCAGCUGGAACAGGAGCUGGCGUGCGCGGAGAACCUGAAGGAGCACUACAAGGCCCUAGUAGAGCUUCUUCAGAUGCCGAAGAUCACGCGCAUGGAAGGUCUGCGGCUCGUCCUCCUCUUUGCUUUGAGGUACGAGAACGAGCACCACUCCAUCGCGCAGCUUAAGGAGCAGCUCCGCAUAAAGGGCGUGGGAGAGGACCAAAUGGGGCUCGGCCUCAUCGACCUGCUGUUGCGCCACGCCGGCUCGCAAGUGCGCAACAGCGACCUCUUCCAAAACAAAUCCUUCCUGCAAUUGGCCAAGAGCACGUUGACCAACAGCUUCAAGGGCGUGGAGAAUGUCUACACGCAGCACAAGAGCCACAUCUCCACAGUGGUAGACUCCCUGAUGAAGGGCCGACUCAAGGAGACCUGCUAUCCCUACAUGCAGAGCAAAGGCGGCACCACGGUGGGCAAAGACCCGCCCCGGCGAGCGGUGAUCUUCGUAGUGGGCGGCUGCACCUAUGAGGAGGCCCGGGACGUCGCCGAGCUGAACAAGCUGGCGGAGGGCAGUUUCAGGCCGUGGCUGGAUCCCAAGCCAGAUCCAGACUUCCCGGGCAACGAGGUUUCGUUCACCGCAUCCAUCGAGUGCCGAUGUCAUGAUGACUUCCUCCAGCACGUCGCCUUCAAUUUCACCUGGUUCAGCGAUGGCGGUGAGAUUGCUGCGCCCGUGGCCACUGGCCCUUUGGCGGCCGAAAGCUGGCAGAAGGUGGGCGAGCCGGAGCUAGUGCCGGAGGAGCCGAUCGACGCUGAAGCUGCGACGGUGGAGGGCGGUGAGGAGAAGCCUGAAGGUGAUGCGGAGGAGAAGCCGCAGCACUUCAUCGAGGGCCGAGCUUUCGAGAGCGCGUCCCCUUCGCUGAAGGCGGGCUGCCCCUUCGUGAGGUCUUUGGCGGUGCAAGCGCUGCGCAUCAAGGCCUUCUACCCGGAUCCCACGAAGCCUUUGCCGCAAGCAGGUAGCUUGCCGUCACCUCCGGGCACAGCUGCGGGGGGCAAGAAGGAUGCCAAGAAGGAUGCGAAGAAGGAUCCAAAGAAGAAGAAGGAUCAGCCCGGUGAUGCUGACCCGGAGGAAGCAUCUUACGUCGAGGUGGACCUGAUGCUGCCCUUGGCACCCCUCAUCGUGCAGAAGGGUGCAGGCCUCAUCUCUCAGGACUUCUUGGCUCAGCUGCCGUGUCCUGGACUCAAGGAGUUCAAGGUUGAGGUGCGCAGCAGCGGCCCACUGCUGUCCCCGGAGAUCCGGAAGCACCUGAAUCCAUUGUUGAUCACCGUGGGUGGUGCGCACCAGCUUCCGGAGGAGCGUGACCUCCAGCAGCCACUCGCCUACACGGUUUUAGAAGCCUUUGGAGAGCGCCGGCGAACGGCGCCGCUUGCCAUCGGUGCCAAAGGCGAUGUACCCUGCCAGGCGCAUCUGGUGUACUUCCUGGGCACCUGGCCGCAGCACCAAACCCGAGAGUACUUGCAGCUGGCGAGGCUCCAGGUGGAGGUGCACGACCGAGACAAGGCCAUACUUCUGCCGCCGGCAGAGGAGCCGCCGCCAUCCGCCCCCACGAGCGAGAAAGACGCCAAGAAGAAGCCGCAGUCCGCUCCCGGCACGGCGGAGACGCCGUCAAAGCCGGUGCUGCCGCCAGGUUGGGAACCUUUGGAUGUUCGACCAGUGCAGGAGAUGUGGUAUGGCCUGGCCACAUUUUGCCUCACAGACCUGCUGAACCCAAGGCUGAACCAUCCGCUGCACAUGCGGGCUGAUGUAGAGCCCAAGAGCAAGCGCAGCCAAGGAGGCAGCCGAAAUCUGAAGGUGGCUCAGCUGCUGCAGGGCCCGGAAGCGCGGCAGCUGCUGGCAUCGGUGGAGAAGGCCGAGUUCCAGGCCAUGCCACGGUACCUGGAUGGCACCUGGGUGCGGCUGAGCGCAACCCUGGCUGAGCCCCUGGCCGAGAAGGUGGAAGCGGAAGAGCCGGCAGCAGAGGCAGAGGCGCCAGAGGCGAAGUCGGAGGAAGAGCCACCAGCGCCGCGGUAUGAGCGGUUUGCCAGGCUGGUGGUGGUCGUUGACUACCGAAAGACCACAGUCCUGAAGAGGAUUCUGCAAACAGUGCGGCAGAACAACGCGGAGGCCCUGCAACUGGACCCUGGGCAGGCACGCGCUUUGGCGACCAUCAAGCUGGAUGAAGAACAGAAGGGUCUUGACCUGGACAUCAUCACGGGCUUUGUGGUUAUGGACCGCAUGUGCCGGAUCAUCGUGAUGGAGUGCCUCCGAGACAGCCCCGCGCAAGCGAAACUGCUGGAGGUCUUGCCGGAGGAGACGACGCCCAAGCUGAAGGUGCUCUUCAAUCCGAAGGUGGGAUUCAGCCACCGGCUUUACAUGGAUUUCAACCUGGUGCUGAAGCAGGUGAAGCUGCGGCAGCUGAGCCUUGAGAGCCUCACCCAGCGCCCGGACCUGUGUUUGCCCAGCAAAUGCGAUGUCGAGGUGAGCCGCGGGCUCAACCAGCUCAUGGACAUGAAGCGGGCGGAGCGGAUCCACAUGCUCAAGCUGAUGAGCUCCUUUCCCAGCAGCAGCACCAUCGAGGACAUCGAGACUCAGUAUGGGGACUUUGUGAACGAGAGGGAGCUCCACGGCGGCUGCGCGGAUGAUGCCAAGUCCGCGCACUCCAAGAUGACCGGAAGGACGGGCCGCUCCGGGCGCUCCGGGCGCUCCCGGCGCUCGGGCCGCUCGGAGUCCAGCCGCCCCUCCGGCUCCGGCAGCCGGGCCGAGGAGGCUGCGGAGGUGGAGCCGGACGAAGAUGAUAGCGACCUUGAGGAGGACUCGAUUCACGAUCAGGCGCCUCCCCGGAACGCCAAGAUGGUGAACAAGUCCCCGCUGGAUGCCACCAAUCCCAACUUCGAGAGGUCACUGCACUACCGCAAGCAAGAGCAGCUCAAUCUGGUGAGUUCCAACAAGCAGGCGCUCACUGAGCUCAGCAGAACCAUGAAGGAGGCGGCGAGCCCACGGAAGGUGGGGCCCAAGAAGGACGUGGACAAAACCUUCCUGGCGCAGGACGCGGAGAUCCAUAUCUACUCCGGGCAGGCCAGAAACACCGCGGAAUUGCAGAAGACGGCCCUACGGGAGAAGAUGAAGGGCCAGGAGGGCAACCAGCUGCUGACCUACAGUGCGGAGAGGAACUCGGGCUGCUUUCCCAUGCUGGAGAAGGAUGUGCCCUUGGACAGGAUGCUGCGGCAAGAAGUACCGCAGGAGGAUGGCAGGAAGACUUUCAAGUAUCCAAGCCCCAGACAGGUGGAGGACUAUAGGCGCAUGCCAAACCAAGUCUCGGACGCGCGGAAGGAGGAUCUUCAAUGUCAAUGGGUUGAGAACCAGCUGCAUCCUGAGCUUAAGAUGAAGGAGAUCGUCACCGGAGCCUUCGAUGCGCGGUCGCUGGGUAGCGGUGGUCAGGUCCUGGACCUGCGCCGGCCUUGCCUCUUCGAGCCCUGCCAGGCUGUGCAGGAGGAGAAGCUGCCUCAGAUGAAGUUCCAGGCCCGGAAUGUCAUGGGCAUUGAGAAUGCCAUGGACAAGCACCACAGGACCAUGAUGGAUGGCAAGCCCCAAUCUCUCGGCAUGUGCUUCGACGAGCGGCGCCCUCCCCGUGCCAUCCGCCAGAAGUACGGCAAGCGGCGGGCCGACACAGUGCUGGAGGUGGAGCAACCCCCCAUUUCCUUCCAGCGGGACGAGGAUUACCGCGAGGACAAGGGGACCUACGAGUCCAUUUCUGGCUUCAUGAACGCCGUCCGCAGGCCGCUGGCUCCUGCAAAAGGCGAGUGGAACCACUCGCAGCAUCUGAACUCCAUGCAGAACAAGACGAAUUGCUUGAAGCAGCUUGGGACCAGUGAGUUUAUGGCUGGUGUCACAGGAUCCGCCAAACUCUGCGAGGAGCUGGUCAAAGGUAGCUCUUUCCAAUCUGUCCCGUCGCAGGUGGCGCUUUGA